GUUGAGCUUUUGAGAAGAACGCUACAGUGUCAAGGUUUUAUGGUUUUGUAUCCUUUUCCUAGGUACGUUGUUUUCUAUGGAAGUCUGCAAUGCGUCAUGAUUGUGAAAAUCUAAAGGAUAGAAGUAUAUGAGAAUAAACGAGCUAAUAGCUCAGGAUACGCAUAAGAAACACUUAUGUUUAAUCCCGAUCAAGCUUAAUGUAAAUAAAGGCGAUUUUCUAGGAUUUUAGGCAAUAUCCUGUAGUGAAAUUUCAUGUAAAAUUUUGUCAACAUGCAACAAUUUUUUCAUCCUAUUCCUUUUUCUCGGAUAAAUAACGAGAUUUCCACCUUAGCUAAUUUCUCGAAAUUCGUACCUUUAGCAUAAAUUUUCUCUAGAUUUCUUUUUACCGAGGAGCUUUCCUAGCACAGUCGUGAUUGCAAUGAAACAUUAAAUCCCUUCAACCCGUCACUUCAUUCACUCAAAGUCUUUCUAGGGUUAACUGUUUAAGAUAUAGUAUAUUGACGACUGAGGAACCUAUCAGCCUUUUCGAGAACGCUGCUUAGUUACAAAAGAAUUGGCAGCAAAAAGCAAUAUUAUAACAAUCAGGUUAUCUCUGUGAUCGUAACCAACCUUUACAUGCCCAAUCACUUUUUAGUAAAAGGAAGUUUAAGUUUUGCAGGUUAGGAGUCGGGGUAGUGUUGUGAGUUAGGACUAUCACUCCUUAGAGUUUUUAUUAUAUUAUACUUUAGCCGAAUAUUCUGUAGUAUUUAGAGAUGACACUCAUGAAGCCAAACAGGGUAGUACUUGAAAUUAGGUUUUGAUAGAGUGUGCCUUAGAAUAUUGGUAUGGAUUCUCAUCAUUGAUAGCCUUCUGGGGGAUUCCUUUGUUGAAACGUAAAAUUUAUUAAAAUAGGUCAGGAAAACAAAAUCAGGAUGUAAUUAUGUCACAUAAAAAUAAGAUUAUACAGAAUGUCCUUGUGAUUCUAAUCCCCUUUCGAAACAUCUAAUAAGAGUAUGUUUGUCAUUUUGUCAGAGUUACACUCAACUAAAACAUCACGCAACCUGAUAUUCAAUUAUUUUUAAGGUAGCGAAAACUGGGUGUGGGUCUUGGAAAAUACAUACGCUACGUGUGAUCAAGAUACUUAUCUCCCGUUACUUUUUCAGCGUCGUUCUUUCGAUGAUCUAUAUAUUGAUAGGCUAUUAGGGAGCUUAAAGUUUCAAAAUCUCGGUGUCUGAAGUAUAGUAUCCAAUGGCAUUUUACUCUUCCUGAACCGCCUAGAAGUUAUGUGUUUAAAAUACGAGGGAAACUAGUGUUUUUCUAUAAAAGAAUCUGUUCUACCACUUAGGUCUUUAUUUUUAUCUAGAUUUUGUCUUUCACUAUGUAGAUCGCCAAAUUCUGUCCAGUAUUAAGAUCUAAUACCUGGAUCCCAAUGUACGGAGGAAUUUGAAUAGACAUUAUCCCCAACAUAACGCUACAAUAGACUUAUCAGUAAGCUACAUCUAACAUGCAGUUUGCUUCAGUACAUGUAUCUGAAGCCCUUAUGUAUAUAAUUAUAAUAUAAAUUCACUACACUUAUUUUUCCUUGAAGAAAUACAACUUAGGUACGCCCUCGCUAGUAUACUUAGCGCCUUCCUAACACCAAGUUUUACCUCGCUUUCAGCCUGAAGCACUUUGUGUGACUGUUAACAUCUUACCCUUUGUCGACUACUGAUGCUAGCUCAAACCAGCCUCCAACUAGUAAAGGAAUUAAAACGCUCCCAACAAAGCAAAUUACCUCCUUAUGGUGAAGAUAAAAUCCGAAUUUGUUUGGAAGAAAUGCGAGUACUAUAUGAUGCAAAUCAUCGUGAUGUAGCCCUUGUAUCUAACUCGUCGUCUGGGCCAUCAUCAUCAUUAUAUGAAACAGAUGAUCAUAGUAAUAAAAUUCAAUCUGUUUUAGUCAGACAUGCUAUCUUGGAACGUAAUAAACGUUGUCUUCUUGCCUAUCACCAUGCUAGAUUAAUGCGGAUCAAAGAACUACGGUGGGAAUAUGGUAUCAUUUUACCUAAAGAUAUCCGUGAUAAUUUAUCGGAAGCGGAACAAGCAUGGUUUAAACACUAUUGUAGUUGUUUGGCAAACUUCAUGCAGGCUGAUGGAUCGGAACGUGGAGGCGGUGGAAUGCUAGAUUUAACACAAUAUCGUACACCACCAAAAUCAUUAUUUCUAGAAGUCCGUUGUCUUCAAGAUUUUGGCGAAUUCGAAACAGAAGAUGGCAGUAUUUUACAUUUAACAAAAGAUUGUACAAUCUCUCUCCCUUCUUGUUCAUAA